GGAAAAUCAAAUCCGUCGCCAACCGCUGCACAUUAUUAUCGCCUCAGCCGUCAUCUGUCUGACCGUCUGGUCUCCUUUUCUUCGCGACGCUUCCGCAAGCAAUUGGCAUUUGGUUCCAUGUUCUUUUGUCGUCCAGACGAUCGUCGGUUCUAGCUUGUCCUCCCGUCUUCCCGAGGUCCUUGCAACGCCGUUGCUCCUCGAGCUUCCCUGCCCGACAUCACACUGUCCAUAAUCACCGCCAUUGAUGUCGCUGCUCCGCCCAGUAGUCAGCACAGCGAGGCCUCUGGGCUCUUGCGCACAACACCGCUUAUCGAGGAUGCCACUCAAGGCGAGAAUACAGAAUGCCGCCGUCGCAGGCACGAGACAUUACAUACAAACCACCAAGAUUGAAGAGUUGGUAAAAGAACAGCCGGGUGACGAGCCUGACGACGUAGUCUUCAACUCGCUGUACGGGCUGCGUACCAUCGAGCUCAACCGGCCUAAGAAGCUCAACUCGCUAAACGGAUCCAUGGCGAGAAAGAUCAUUGGGCGUCUAAAGGAGUGGGAAUCGUCCGACCUUGCGAACACAAUCGUCAUCCAGGGCCGGGGACGUGCUUUCUGUGCUGGUGGUGAUGUUGCGGCAUUGGCCAACUGGAACAAGGAAGGCAAAGACGGCCAGAAAAAGAGCAACGAGUACUUUGCUCUCGAGUAUAAGCUCGAUCACAUGAUCGCUCGCUAUAAAAAGCCUUACAUUGCGUACAUGGAUGGCAUAACCAUGGGCGGCGGAGUAGGCCUGUCGCUGCAUGCACCCUUCAGGAUCGCUACCGAAAACACAGUGUUUGCCAUGCCAGAGACGACGAUUGGUUUCUUCCCCGACGUGGGAGGAUCAUUCUUCCUUCCAAGGAUGGACGGUGAGAUGGGCACGUACUUGGCGUUGACAAGUGAGCAACUCAAGGGUGUUGACGUCUUCUACCAUGGUAUUGCGACCCACUACCUCCACUCCAGUUCACUCCCCGAACUUUCCGAACGCCUCGCACAGCUCCAAUUCAAGGACUACGCCCCCAUGGCCGAGCGCCUCGAGCUGAUCGAUUCUACAAUUUCCGAGUUUACUACGGCCUUGCCUGCCCCACGGCCUAGCAUCACGGGCGCACAACGCAAAGCUAUCGACGAAGCUUUCCGGGUUCCGCCCACGGGCACAGUCAGCAUCGCCGAAGCGCCGCUCCAGAUCCUCAAGGCGCUCCAGGAUGUAGCCGGCGGCCACGCGGACGAGAGUGUUCGCAGCUGGGCGGAAAAGACGAUCAAGACAAUCCGGGAGCGGAGCCCCAUUGCAGUCGCCGUGACGUUGCAGCAAAUGCGCCUGGGCUCUGGGUGGAGCAUCAUCCAGACAUUCCAGGCGGAGCACGACAUCGCUGCCGCGUUCAUGGCGCAUCCCGAUUUCGUCGAGGGCGUCACAGCGAGGCUGAUAGAGCGUAAGAAGGAGCGACCAAACUGGCAACCCAACCAGCUCGAGGAUGUGACGGAAGAUAUGGUACGUGGAUUCUUCCGAAAGGGCCUCGGCGGCGGCCUGAAGCUGUUGGACAACCUACCCGGGGCGGACUACAAGGAGUACCCGUGGAAGAAGCUGGCACUGCCAACCGAGGACGAGAUUCUCGAGGUCGCAGGCCGGGGCAAGCAGACGAUGAUGACGGAGGAGGUCGUGCAGCAUUUCUUGAAGGAGAGGAAAGGCAAGGUCGGCGUGAGGGAGAAGGUUGAGGAGGUUCUGGAGAGGCACUCAUAGGAAGACGUGGCCAGCGGAGGAUCAGACAAGAAAAUCCGCCUUGGCGUACUGUAUCAUAACGAGAAGAAGGGAAGAAAAAAAACUUAGAAAAUAAAAACCACCCCCGGAGAGGCUGAUUGGUGAUUUGUCAAAUCGCGAUGCGCUUUCGAGACCGCAGUCCUCCGUGAACGGUUUGGAGACAAAUGUAGAUUCCGUGUUGACGUUCGAGAGCAUGAGAAAGUAACAAGGCGGGUACAGUAUAGAGAGCAUCAUGCGGUAAGAACACUUUGCUAAGACGCUGACUUUGUCCCUGAAAACAUACCAAAAG